AUGUUGCUUUUGUUUAGAAUAAAUAAUUUGCUCACAAUGUUAAACCUUGGAAAACAGAAGGAUGUACACCGUUCUAAAUCGUCGCCAGUUGAAUCGUGCUUUAGUUUUUGUGGAUUGGUGAUAUCCAUUGGUAUGUUAGGUGGAUUAGCUGGACUCAUUUAUGGUAUUGUGAAACCAAAUGUAACCGCUUUGAUUAGUGGUAGCGUUGUCUUAGGUGUAGCUAUAGCACUCACAGUAAUUAUCAUAAUAUUUGUAUUUUGUAUUCAAAAAAAAGAUGCAUCAGAUCAACUUUUAUCAUCGUCCUCUCGUGUUCACAAUUUAAGAUCAGAACAUUCACACGUCCAUCAUCAACAACAGCACAACUAUAAACCGCGACCAUCACGACAAGGACCUCCGUCUCAGCAGCAACGCGAGAAACUUUCUAUUUCAACGGUAGGCGUUGGAUUAACAAUGGAUAAAAAAUAUAGUGCCGAUAUUCAUUCAAUGAAAGGAGUGCCGGGUACUCGUACUUCUCUUCAAGAGAGUAAUCAUCAUCAACGAUCAUUACAACUUAAAACUACCAGUUUCGUUAGUUAUUAG